CCGUGUCUUCUAAGAAUUUGAAACAUUUCUCAUAUUAGUUUAAAACAAAUUGAAGCAAAUUAUAAAAAACAUUGAAUAUUUUAGUCUAAAAGUGAACUAUUCAUUAUCGAGAAUAACAAAAUAAAUCGAUUUGCAUAAAAUUUUUAACUUAGAACGAGUUUACACCCGAAAACUUUUGUUGCUCGUUUUCGGAAUAUUCUCGUCUGGUGUUCUGCAAUGUUUUUGAUAUCAUAUUAUCAAAUUUUUGUACGCUUCAUUUAAAAUGUGCACAAAAAUAUUUUUCUUAAGAUAAUUUUUAUCUUCUAUUAUAAUACACAUAUUUGCACCGAAAUUUUUAUAUUCUAUUUAAAAAGUUUAUAAUUAAAUUAAAUUUUCCUCGACGUGCCCUCGCCCACAGUUUGGGCGAUAAAAGGCGUAGUGUGUCAAUGCGCGCUUAAUCCUUUUAAAGUAUCGAUAAGUCGUUGUAUUCAUAUAUUGUGUAUCGCCCACCCCUACAUUUACUCAUUUUGAAAUUGUCAGACGGAUUGGAUGGAUUGGAAAAAUUUACUGCGACAUAAUUGGAGAAAUUUCAAGGAUUUUGGUGAGUAUAGUGUGUGAAAAAUUUAAUAAUAAAUUAAUUAGUGAUUAAUUAAAAUGAGUUGCUCAAAGAGGCAUUUGAAACGCCUUUAUAAAGUUAAAAAAGAGUUUUAUACAGAGCAAUUAGCCGUUAAAAAUGAGGCAUCAGUACGAGUUCGGGGAAACGAUGCCGCUACCGAGAAUAUUGCGCAUUGUAAUUCUUUUCAUAGUACUGAUGCCACUAGGGAAAAGCUUCCAUUAAAGAAAUUUGCCACAUAACGACCAAUUACUUUUUAUACCAAUAUUACAUGGCUGCACUAAUUAACGUUUUUAAUUUUGUUUUCAUAUACAUACUUACAUACAUAUGUAAAUAUUUGGAGUUGCUACAUAAGGAAAAAAUAUGGAAACAGCUGGAAAGCUUCGCCGGAUGAACGGCGGAAUACCCCAAUCAUUUUUAGAUAGCUUCAAUGAUGGUUGCGAUAAGUACAACAACCUUCAAAAAUUAUUUGUGGACAAAAUUACAGAGUUGGGAGAAUUAAUUGAAAAACAAAACAAAGUGAUCAUUAAUAUUUUGGCGGAACAUGCCGUUUUGUUACAAAAUCUAACUCAAAAGGAGAAGGGAACUAAUGGAGCUAUUGAUGAUAAUAGAGAUUGCUAUAUUUCAGCAGUGCAAUACUUGUUACAAGGAGAGGUUGUAAAAGAUUUCGAAAAGGUUUUGGCGCGUAAAUUUUGCCUUGAAUACAACAUUUAUGGAAUUGGCAACAACAAGAGCUUUAAGGAUUAUUCUAUGGUGUAUACCAUACUUAAAACAAUUGGAAAAACAGCAGUAAAUGCGGAAGCGGAAAUGAGGAGGGCUUUUCAGGUCGUAAAAAAGAGGCAUUUCCGGCAGGUUUCUUCGAUCAAAAACCAUACCUAAUAUAAAAACUGAUUUUUUUGCGGUACACAUACGUACCUCUCCCAAAAUAGAGUUAAGUUUUUAAUAAUAACUUAAGUGUAAUAUAUGUAAAUAAAAUUUUUUUAUAAAAAAUGAAUUGCAGCAUCCAAAGAAAAUAUUUUAAGUUUAAUAUACUUGUAUAAACUAAAAAUUUUUUUUAAAAAAAUAAUAAUAAAAACAGCGUUUAAAAUUUUUAUUGGAAAUAGAGUAAGGUGGAUUGCUUAGCUCAAAAAUGUGGUCCAUUUGGACCACAAUAAUAGUAAGUAGAGUAUGCCAUGGUCUAGUGUAAUUAGAAUAUAUGUUGGACUAGACGAAGUAGUUUCGUAGGUGGUCGAGAACGCAAUGGUCUUGUGUAAGCAUAAUAUAUGUUGGACCAAAGGAGGUAGUUUGGUAGGUGGUCCUAUGUUAUGCAGCGUUGGACCAGAUGUGGUCAUGUCCAAUGACAUCGCAAUGUUAAUGUAACUAUAUUUUUUCCAUAUGUUUGGACCACGUCGGUAACUAGUGUUGGUUACUAAGUAUCGUGGUCCUGUCCUAGUACAUAAUGUAGUCCGACUUUUUGCAGGGUACAUAUCGACGCAGACUUUUGCAAGCCGCUUAAAAAUAUUUUUUUCAUUUCUUGACAAAUACAGUCAAUCCCGGUUAUACGUCAUAAUCAAAGAUACAGAUGCUUGUGGUUUGUAAAACUAAAAAUAUAAUAUGGCACAUAAGCGUGUGCGAAUACUUAAGCGAGUGGUACUUAAAACAAUAAUUUCUAUGUAUUUCAUAAAAAUAAACCGUGAGAAGCAGCAAGAUGUAGCGAGUUAAGAGGGAUGAUUUUCAUUUAAGCGGAGUACUACUUAACCGGGACUCAGUGUACACAUAACUCAGAGAAAUAAUGAAUAUUUUCUUUGAUACAUUUCUUGACUUGAAAAUCGACAAAUAAACUAUGUUGUCAAUUUUAUUCUUGUUGUCGCUUUUUCCUUCUCAUACAAAUAUCAGAAAUUGUUCAAUUUAUGAUUUUUGGCUUUUGCCACGUCGCGAAAAGACGCUUAUAUGCAAAGUCAUGCUCGGGGAGAUGUACUCGUACUAUUUGGCUGCCAUGCCUAUUGGCUUGUGACGCUGCUGCUACUUGAAACGAUUGUUGUUUUUGUAGAACAAUGUUUGUAGUUUUUGCGGGUGACAUAUCUACACGUGAACGCAUAUAAGUAUGUAUGUUGUGGAUGCGUUAUUUGUGUGCCAAUGUCAUACGCACAUAUUUAUGUAUGUACAUACAUAUGAGCAGCGCGCACAUGUUAUUAUUGAUAAGUGAUAAUAUGAUUUGAAUUCGCGAAAGCGAAUGAUAAAAUUUACGAUUAAUGUACAUUUAUCACAAUUGUAAUAUAUUUAAUUUUUUAAUAAUAUUAUGAUAGUUUGUUAUAUACAUACACUAGCUGACCCGGCGAACUUCGCCCCGCCCAAUUUUUAUUUUUUUUUUUUUGAAGUCAUAGACUCGUAUAACUUUACCACAAAUAAUAUAAACUUCAAACAACGCAUUUUCAUUUAAUGUUUUUAAUGUUUGUAGCGCCAUCUACUGUAACAUAGCGCACUCAAUACCGCUGUUAGCGCCACCAACUGGUGGAUAGCUCUUUGCUAAUAAUAAACAAAUAAUUUGCAAUAAAUAAAUAAUGCGACUAUAAGGAGAAUUAUAAACUAUCCUAUCUUUCAAGUUGGACCAAACUGCACACAGUGUUAAAAAUUUCAUUAAAAUCGGUUCAGUAGUUUAGGAGUCCAUCGCAAACAAACAAUGUGACACGUGAUUUUUAUAUAUUAAGAUAUGUUAUGAAGUAUACAUAUGUAUGUACAGUUGUGUUCACGAAAAUAGUAGUGCGACAGCACAUAACACUCCAAUCUUAUUGCUGACAUGUUCUAUCUUGCAAAUUGAACAUUUCUACAAUACUUUCGUAGAACUAUCUUUAUGAAAAAUCUCUUGUUCAUUAAAAUAGUAGUGCUUAAAGGGAAUAGUUGAAAAAAAUUAAAAAUUUUUUUAUUUUUAAUUUUAACUGACAUCAGAAAGUGUAUUAAAAUAAUAUAGUAAUUGUGUGAUAUAAAUUUAUUGAAACCGCUAUUUAUUUAUUGUUUAGUGGGUUGUAAAAAGCAUUGCUCAAUCAAAAAGCGAGAGUUAAUUGGUAACUUGAGAGAUCAGGGCAAAACAUAUAAAUAAAACGAAGAAAUGAUCGGUUGCACUGCUCCGAUGAUAUUUAAUGCUAUUCAUCAUACUAUUAAGCCGGAAACUCCUGGUGGUAAGCGCAAGACUACAUUUCUGGAGGACCGACGACUUGUGCGAUACAGCAAAGCAAAGCCUUAGGCGUCGUCAAAAAUAAUUAAAAAUGAAUUGAAUCUACUGGUCAGUGCUGUCACAGUUAGCCGAAGGCUAAUAGAAGCUAAUUUACAUGCAAGGAGUCCGAGAAAAGUACCCCUUUUGACGAAGAAGCACGUCAAUGCAAGAAUAAAAGAUUGCGAAAGGCCAUAUGUAUUGGCCCGUCCAAAAGUAGCACAACAUUUUAUUUACGGAUGAGAUAAAAAUUGUUUUUUUUUUUUUUUUGUGGUAUAGGCUCCAGGCAGUGUGUUCGUUGUCCCCUAAACACAGAAUACCACCCAAGGUACAACACAAAGACUGUUAAAUAUGGUAGGCUAAAGACUAUAGUGUGCGCUUGUUUGUCGUAUGCUGGCGAUGGUCCAAUCUCUUUGAUCAGUGGCAUUAUGGAACAAGCAGUGUACAUUAAUAAAUUGAAAGAUGUAAUGCUACCGUAUGCUAAUUGGAAAAUGUCGUUAAAAUGGACAUUUCAGCAGGAUAAUGAUCCUAAACCUACGAGCAAACUAGCUAAUCAGUGGUCUGCAUCUGAAAACGUCUACUUGAUACCAUGGCCAGCACAAUCUUCGCACCUAAACCCUAUCGAAAAAUUAUGAGGCGAUGUCAACAGAAGUGUAGCAACAGCAAAACCAUCGAAAAACACAGAGCUUUGGCAAGUGUUUAAGGAAGCAUGGGCUCAAAUCUCUGUGAAGCGUUGUAAGGACCUUAUUGACUCCAUGCCACGCCGAUGCCUAGCUGUUAUAAACAACAACGGAUUUACAACAAAAUAUUAGACCUUAGGAAACAUAUUAAAUAUGAAAUAUUUACUGUUACUUUCAUAUUCUUAGUUUUAUCGUCUUUUUUAAUAGCCACUACUAUUUUCUUGAACAGCAUAAUUUUUCAAUUUUAUUUUAAUUUAAUAACUGUAUGUAAACUAAAAAAAAUGUAUGGUAGAUAAAACUGUAAAUAUAUCAUACAUUAAUUAAAAAUUAGGUUUUUUAUAACUUUCUAAUCGAAUAUUCUUCUUAUCAUGUGAUUUGAUUGUUAAAUAGUUAGUAGC